GCAUGGCUUUUUACUAUGUUGAAAGUAUUUUAUACACUGGCUCAUUUGAUAAAACUAUCAAAGCUUGGAAGUUAAGUGUAAAGAAGUGUAUCGACUCGUUUGUAGCUCAUGGUGACCACAUCAAUGACAUGGUGGUCAACCAACAAAGUGGCUACCUUUUUACUUGUUCUUCAGAUGGAACAGUAAAGAUGUGGUUAAGGGUUUAUGGUGAACACAGCCAUGUCCUUAUUAAGGUCUUUAGUUUUCAUACCUACCCUAUUUAUGCCUUGGCUUUAGGUGUGUCACCAUCACAAAGGAGUUUCUUGUAUUCCGGAUCUUCUGAUGGAUGUAUAAAUUUCUGGGUGCAAGAGAUUUCUACUCACUACAAUCACGGUGGAGUCUUAGAAGGGCAUCAGUUUGCGGUUCUUUGCCUAGUGACCCUAGAUAAUUUGGUGAUUAGUGGGUCUGAGGACUCGACGAUCAGGAUUUGGAGGCGAGAGAAAGUAAGAUUUACUCAUGAGUGUCUUGCUGUUUUAGAAGGGCAUAGAGGGCCUGUGAGAUGCUUGGCUGCUUCUUUGCAGGACGAGCUUGUAACGAGUUUCUUGGUUUAUAGUGCUAGCUUGGAUCAGACAUUUAAGGUGUGGAGAGUAAAGCUCUUGCGAGAAAUGAAGAAAUCCCCUGGCCGCCAUAGCAAUGGAGAUGAUGAUACGGAAGAUACAAAUUCUGCAGGGUGUGAGCCUAGCCCUGUGUUGUCUCCUUCAUGGGUUAAGAAGAAGCUUCAAUGUCGUAGUCUUAAAUAGUUCGUUUAAUUACAAGUUUUCAGGUUUUAUUUGUAAUAUGUAAUAUCACUAAGUUAGAAUAUCCUCUUAGGACGAUUCAAAUAAAGUAGAUUAUGCAUGUUUAUGUAAGCAGUUGAAGUUAUUUCAGCAACGAACAUGUAGUACGUAUGUAUUAUCAGUCUAUUAAAUUAUGUUCUAUUCCAUGUAAUAUUGCACCAUUACAUAUGAAUUUAAAUUAUCAAUACAAUAAGC